AUGCAAAAUAAUACGCCCAACCUCGUCCCGGUUUACAAAAAUGGUUCUCAGCCGUGGACUCCCGCUGCGAAAACACCUGGUGUUCCUUCUUACAAUCAGCUAUCAAUGGGACCAAGAGUCACAAGCCAUCAAAAUCAGCAUAUGAUGGGCGCAGCGCCAUUCGGCAAUCGAAUUUCACCCAAGGGGGCCGGGAUGCCUCCUAAUGCUAAUCUACUCAUGUCUCAGGCCCAGGAACUCGGUGCGAAUAUGCAUAAACAACCAAUCUUACCCAUACUUAGUGCUGCCGAUAGGGUGCCCAGGUGCCCCCAGGGUGUUGCGAAAGCACAUACUCCUCCCAUCCAUUAUGGAUCACCAAUACAACAUCAUGAUGCGGGGGUGGCUGCUACUUAUAACACACCAAAUUUCAUGGUGGCGCGUCCGCCUAUGGUGAAUAUCGGCAACCGAGGGCACCAUGACGAUGUGUGCAGUUCCAGGACGUUACAGAACCGAAACGAUAGCGCACGUAGUAGAGCACUUCCGAUGACUCCGGCAAUGAAAGCGCCUGCUGAGCUUUUAUAUGCAUCUGCUAAUACAGCUGUGGCUUCAGAACAUCUAAAAAAACGUAAAGUGCAAGGUGACGAUCCUGUAGGUAUGAUGGCGUACAACCAAAAAGUGAAUGCAAACAUCAGCCAUAAUGCCAUGACGAACAUACAAUCCGCCCCGAAUCAUAGAGUGAGCACACCACAAAAUAUAGGCCAGCAUAGGGAUAUUGCUGCAGGACGUUGUCUCAUUCCUCAGGGUUUGGAACAGUCAAGACCGAAUAUCGCACAGGCGAAAAGCAGAGCUCCAUCUCAUUCCGUUCAACACGCAAUUAGUAGGGUCAAUGAAGGCUCUACAUUUGAGCAAACCCACAAUAGUGGAGCCUUAUAUAGGAUGCCCAAGGCAACACAGGAUUAUAAGAGUAUUCAGGGGAAACCCCAAGUCAAAGAAUGUCCAACAUCUCCGCAGCAAGAACGUGUAAAGAACAAACAAGCCUCGGAUACUGCGUCAAAUACAACGCAAAAGGCUACUACAACAGCGAAUAAGAACAUAGAGUAUAAUAAGGUUGUGAUUCAAGUGGCCCAUAAAGGUAACAAUCCGAUCGGUGUAAAGGAUGGGCAUCUAGAUCAACUUGCAUCACAAAGCGGUACAGUUGCCCAGACAAGUUCUGUGUGUAACGCUAACAGCGCAAAAGUUGAACACGGGAGUGAUAAGAUCGUACAUCCACAAGUGUCAAACAUUCAUCCGCCAUGCGUCCCCAACAAAGGGCAACGUACAUUCACCUUACACACCGACUGGGUACUUCUGCAUCCCGAACAAAUGGUCUAUUUUGAAUUCGGUGUCAGUGAUGCCGGAUAUAAGCGCAUUGUUGCUUAUAUAAACAGCCUGAUGCCACCCGUAAGGUUGCGAGGUGUACCUAAUAGCAACAGUACUGAAAUCUUCAGAAGGAAUGAUUUGCAUAUAGUCACUCAAGAUAGACCCGAAAUUAGCUGUGAUACUGCCAGCGAUUCGGUGGUUAUUAACACAAUUGAAAAACUCAAGCGCCUCGGAUGCGGUAUAAUAAAAAAAGGAGAACUUCGGAAAUCGCUCCUAAGAUCUUACCCCGAACAAAAUUGUAUUGUUCGUUCAGGCUCUGAAGAUUAUGAGUUAGAUUGCUUUUUUGGUUCGACGACAAUUGAAAACAACACGAGAUCGUCUUUGUACCACAAAGUUAAAUGCGAUUCUAAUCCGUCAUUCGUAGGUGGUGACGAAACGCGCAACUACAAUGCGUCUGUGGAACGACAAUUUGACAUCUAUAUGGAAAUUACGGGUUGUAGGUUACAGGUUUUACUGCGCCGCAUUGCCGACAUAAGAAAAGUGACACUUCACGUGGCGUUUGGUAUACGAGCACAGGAUGUGGUUGACCUUAUCCUGUACUUAUUCGGUCAUUGA